AUGGCGCCUAUAGGAAUCGUCACUGUACUCGAGCUCAUGUUUGCAGCCAUGUUUAUAUCACUUCUAAUCUGGUCCCUCGCUAAUUACUUGUACGUCAGCUUCGGGAGCCUCCGCAUGCAGGCAGGAGUCAAAGUGUGGCAAUCAAAGUUUCGUAGUGUAUCCCUAAGGCUAGGAUACAUCGGAAACACAUGCAUGGCGUUCUUGUUUUUCCCCGUAACACGAGGCUCUUCAAUCUUGCCUCUGAUGGGCCUUACGUCAGAAUCGAGCAUCAAAUAUCACAUCUGGAUCGGUCAUGUUUCAACGGUACUUUUUGUUGCCCACAGCGUAGGAUUCGUGAUCUAUUGGGGUGCGAUGUCCCAUGAAAUGUCACAGAUGCUGGAAUGGAGCAGUACUUAUCUAUCUAAUUUAGCUGGAGUUAUCGCAAUUGUGAUGUUAAUGGCGAUAUGGGCGACGAGCUUUGCACGUGUGAGGAGAAAAAUGUUCGAACUUUUCUUUUACGUUCACCAUCUCUACAUUCCCUACCUCGUCUUUUACAUGUUCCAUGUUGGAGUGGCCUAUCUUUGCAUGAUCCUUCCUGGAAUCUUUCUCUUCAUUAUCGAUCGAUACUUAAGAUUCCUUGUAUCCAAACGGAGGACUAGGCUCGUUUCGUCACGCCUUUUAUCUAACCGCACUAUGGAACUAACCUUCGCCAAGAGUCCAGGGUUGGAGUAUAAUCCCACAAGUACGUUGUUCGUGCAUGUUCCGAGCGUAUGCAAAUUGCAGUGGCAUCCCUUUACGAUAAUUUCGAGCAGCAACUUGGAGACCGAUAAGCUAAGUGUUGUAAUAAAAAGUCAGGGGAAUUGGACAGAAAAGCUCUACCAGCAGCUUUCGACUUCUCCGGAUCAUCUUCAAGUAUCAACCGAAGGACCUUACGAACCCGCAUCGUUUCAUUUUCUAAGGUAA